CCGGCGGCCAGGGGGAGGGGCGCCAGGGGGAGCGGCGCCUCCUGCCCGGGGUGAGCGGCGCGCGGCGGCCCCGCGGCAGCAGAGUGCGGAACGGGGCGCCAGGAUUGGAACGCAGGAGGCUGCCAUGGGCGUGCAGUGAGCGACACUGGUGCGACUUCUCCGGGCGGAGCGUGUCCUCGGUCACCAUGAAAGACGACUUCGCAGAGGAAGAGGAGGUGCAGUCCUUCGGUUACAAGAGGUUUGGUAUUCAGGAGGGGACACAGUGUACCAAAUGUAAAAAUAACUGGGCACUGAAGUUUUCAAUUAUAUUAUUAUACAUUCUGUGUGCCUUACUGACCAUCACAGUAGCCAUUUUGGGAUAUAAAGUUGUAGAGAAAAUGGACAAUGUCACAGAUGGCAUGGAGACAUCUCGCCAGACUUACGACAACAAACUCACUGCUGUGGAAAGUGACCUGAAGAAAUUAGGGGACCAAGCUGGAAAGAAAGCUCUAAGCACCAACUCUGAGCUUUCUACCUUCAGAUCAGAUAUUCUGGAUCUCCGUCAACAACUUCAGGAGAUCACAGAAAAAACCAGCAAGAACAAAGAUACACUGGAGAAGUUGCAGGCAAGUGGGGACUCAUUAGUAGAUAGUCAGAGUCAACUGAAGGGAACUCUGCAGAGCAAUUCUUUCCUUAUUACCACCGUCAACAAGACACUCCAGGCAUACAAGGGCUAUGUCACAAAUCUGCAACAAGAUACUAGCGUGCUGCAGGGCAAUCUGCAGAGCCAAAUGUAUUCUCAGAAUGUGGUUAUCAUGAACCUCAACAACCUGAACCUGACCCAGGUUCAGCAGAGGAAUCUUAUCACGAAUCUGCAGCGGUCUGUGGAUGACACAAGCCUGGCCAUCCAACGAAUUAAGAAUGACUUCCAAAAUCUGCAGCAGGUUUUCCUUCAAGCCAAGAAGGACACCGAUUGGCUGAAGGAGAAAGUACAGAACUUGCAGACACUGGCUGCCAACAACUCUGCCCUGGCCAAAGCCAACAAUGACACCCUGGAGGAUAUGAAUAGCCAGCUCAGCUCAUUCACAGGUCAGAUGGACAACAUUACUACUAUCUCACAGGCCAACGAGCAGAGCCUGAAAGACCUUCAAGAUUUACACAAGGAUACAGAAAAUAGAACAGCUGUCAAGUUCAGCCAACUUGAGGAACGCUUCCAGAUCUUUGAGACAGAUAUUGUGAACAUCAUUAGCAACAUCAGCUACACAGCCCAUCACCUGCGAACGCUGACCAGCAAUCUGAAUGAUGUUAGGACCACUUGCACAGACACCUUAACCAAACACACAGAUGACCUGACCUCCUUGAAUAACACGCUAGUCAAUAUCCGCUUGGAUGCUAUUUCUCUCAGGAUGCAGCAAGACAUGAUGAGGUCAAAGUUAGACACUGAAGUGGCCAACUUAUCAGUGGUUAUGGAAGAAAUGAAACUGGUUGACUCCAAGCAUGGUCAGCUCAUCAAGAACUUUACCAUUCUACAAGGUCCUCCUGGCCCCAGAGGUCCAAAAGGUGACAGAGGAUCUCAGGGACCCCCUGGUCCAACUGGCAACAAGGGACAGAAAGGAGAGAAGGGAGAGCCUGGUCCACCUGGCCCUGCCGGCGAGAGAGGCACAAUUGGACCAGUAGGCCCUCCUGGAGAACGUGGCAGCAAAGGAUCCAAAGGCUCACAAGGUCCCAAAGGAUCCCGUGGGUCCCCAGGGAAGCCUGGCCCUCAAGGGCCUAGUGGGGAGCCAGGACCACCAGGUCCACCAGGCAAGGAUGGACUCCCUGGCCCUCAGGGCCCUCCUGGCUUCCAGGGACUACAGGGAACUGUGGGUGAGCCCGGAGUACCUGGACCUCGGGGGCUUCCAGGCUUGCCAGGGGUGCCAGGCAUGCCUGGGCCCAAGGGACCACCUGGCCCCCCAGGCCCCUCAGGAGCAAUGGAGCCACUGGCUCUGCAGAAUGAACCAACCCCAGCAUCAGAGGUCAACGGAUGUCCACCUCGCUGGAAGAACUUCACAGAUAAAUGCUACUAUUUUUCACUGGAGAAAGAAAUUUUUGAAGACGCUAAGCUUUUCUGUGAAGACAAAUCUUCCCAUCUCGUUUUCAUAAACUCAAGAGAGGAACAGCAAUGGAUCAAAAAGCAGACCGUGGGGAGAGAGAACCACUGGAUCGGCCUCACAGACGCAGAGCAGGAAAGCGAGUGGAAGUGGCUAGACGGGACGCCUGUGGAUUACAAGAACUGGAAAGCUGGGCAGCCAGAUAACUGGGGCAGUGGGCAUGGGCCAGGAGAGGACUGUGCGGGAUUGAUCUACGCGGGGCAGUGGAACGACUUCCAGUGCGAUGAAAUCAACAACUUCAUUUGCGAGAAAGAAAGGGAGGCAGUACCAUCAUCCAUAUUAUAACAGUGUGUUAUAAUAACAGAAACAUAUUUUCUGAUGCCUCUGAAAGGCGAAGAAUGCUCGCUUCUGAUUCCAUCACUUCUCACCAGAUUGAAUGGAAAAAGCCGGAAAAGUAGUUAUUCAGAAUAAACAGAUACCCACUACACCAUAACCCAUGGACUAGGGAGACAAACUGCUCCCCAAGCUGAUAUGUUGAUUCCCAGUGUGCAAAUGGACUGAGUCACAUAGAUUUUUCUCAGCCAUUAACCAUGCAAAUUAUAUCUUUCCAAAUAUGGAAUGCUCCAAUCAGAAAAAGACCAUCAUUGGUUGUUGAGUUACAGACCCUGUGCAAACAGUGUGUUUCUAAAAUCCCAAAUGUAGGAAGAAUAUGCAGACGUACACAUAUAGGCCACCUUUUAGUAAUGAUAUGAAAUAUACUUAAAGAGCUUUUAAACUUCGUAUUUUUGUACAAAAUAUUUGCCUUUUACAAUCAUUUUCCUUCUUUUAAUAUUACCUAUAUAAUACAUAAAGCCAAAGAAAACAAUAGUGGUACUGAUAAAAUUUCAUGGAGUUUCUCUUCAGAUUUAAUCUGUAUCUGUCCAGCUGAAGUAAAUUUUGGUUGUAUGUGUCUAUGUAUGUGUGAUCUCUUCAGAACAGUGAGUCACAUGAAGCAUCUGGAAAUACCCUUGUGCAUUUGGGUGAUGGUGGAGCUCAAGCCUGAGAACAUCAUGACAGCUCAUUCAAGUAGGCUGUGCCAUGAGCCCAGCACCGGCCACUUCCAUUAAGAGGGAAUGUUGACUUGGGAUGUGCUUUUGUUCUACUUUGUGCAGCAGGAAUGAAGGAGAAACAUCUGUGAGGAAGGACAGAGUGCCUGAAUCUGGAUAUCUGCAAGGCCCUAGUUUAAGGCUGAUUUAUAAACAGGCUUAGUGUCAGACUUAUACCAGAGCAGACAAGAGAUUAUAACGUCACAUCAGUCAAAGGCAGCCAAGUGAUGCUUGCAAGAUAGAAACCAGCUACAUGCUGUUUGGAAAGUAGAAUUCCCAAAACGUAACUCUAAGACAUCGGCUAAAUGAAAUGCAAAAGUAAACUCUUGGCUAUUUGCUGAACCCAGCAAAGAAUCUUCCCUUGUGAGCCUAAAACUUGUGUGUACUCCUGUCAUUGCAUUUGUUUUACAGCUGAGGCAGAGGACGAGGGUUGGCCAAGCCCCUGUCCCAUUCCACCUAUAUUCUUUCUUCCCUUAUGAAGUGUAAGCUUCCAGAGAAGUGAUCACAUAUAAACAUCUCAGGUAAGCUUGGAACUCCAGGAUGUAAUAUUUAGCCCAAAGAAAAGGAAAUUAAAAUGUUAAGACCUACCUAA